CAAAAAUGCCACGAAUGUCGCCGUCAGAUUCGACGUCUUCUGAGACGAGCCUACCGAACGAUGUCAAAGUUGCUCUCGAAGGUGCAAUACCUGCUCUCUCUCGAGAGUACGGAGACAACUUUCGACACGAUGGCGUUCUCCGCGACAUCAGUCGACAAGAACUUCGCGAGGAUACGCGCAUCAAUCCAAGCGACGAGCCACGAGCCGUGAUCUCAAUGGCACGAGAUGCGGCGAAUGCUGUUGCGAAUGCGCGCAAUGAGGCCACCUCUUUCCGCGAAAAGAUCCAAAGAACAGAACAAGACCUAGAGCGACUCCAGAUUUCUCAAAAUCUUGGAGAUCUCACGAACAAAACCGAGCGGAAAGAACGUCUGGUAAACAAAAUCACAGAUCUCUUGCAAAAGAAUCCCGAAAUUGUCCCAGACAUCGCUCAACACGAUCUCGGUGCGCCUGCGCGGGACGCCCUAGCUGCUGCAAAAGAACAAAUCGAUGCUCUACACAACGAAAACUCCGCGCUACGGCAAAGAUUGGCAGAUAUCGAGACGGACUACCAGAUCCUCCGAAAUCAGCCCUACGGACGCACCCAAGAACUUGACGAACAGUCCGUGUCAACAAGUCUAGGCAUCACCAGGACAGUCAUCCAGUCUUUAUUCCUCGUUCCCUGCGACUUGGAAGCUACAAUCGACUGGGAUGGACUGGACACUGCCUGCGAUCCUGCUCUCAGACUUGCUCGACAUUGGGCAGACGACCAAAUCCAGCCAAACGCACAUCUCUGGCUUUCCCGACUGCCGAGACUUGUGCGGGUCGACAACUCACCUCGAUCAGCUCAAGAGGUUGCAGUUCGGCUUUUUGUACAAGCCUUUAUGACUCGAACUACAGUCUCUCUUGUCGACAUCACUACAUUGGCUGGAAAGAUGCGCGGUCUCGAACCGCAAGAACUAAAACUGCCGCUGGCAUUUCUGCACUUCUUCCUGACCCAUAAGUCAGAUGAGGCCCUGCUCGAAGACGCCCAAUUCUCCGAAGCCCGGGCGCUGAUUCUGCUCCGAGGCAUCGAACUCUUCAUUGACCACAUCAGUGGUAUCUUGGAGUUGCAGAAGAUCGCCCAAACCUUUGCGGAGAUCAAGGCAUACCUUCGAGAGGCUUGCAAGCGCAGUUUUAUCGUCAAUGGUCUGACACUUUAUCUCGACGCCUUCUUCAGCGGGCGCAAGCCAGAACCAUUGACGAACAAGAUCAUCACCAGUGCUGGGGAGAACACGAUCACGACUGACAAUCGGCUCAUGUCCAUGGAUGGCGACAACGUCAUCACCUGUGCCGACGGCUCCGUCACUAUCUACCGACCUUAGGAGGUUCGGCUAGAGGUUGACGAUAGCUGCAUGGGAUGGAUUCUCAUCAUCGAGACAGAUGAGCAGCCUCCAUGGACAUCGAGUGUAAUCGCUCUUACUGGUGCAAAUCACCUUGCACUGAGACGAACAUUUCCCAAACUCCUCGAGAGACUCAAUGAUGACAACCCUCCUAUUGAGCCGCAGGAGGAGGUCUUCCGAGAUGUCUGAGUACAUGGGAACAAGAACCUCUUGACGAUAGUCGAGACACGAACAAGAACACACGAGCUCCUCAGCUGUAAGCUGGGACAAGAUCAAGCACAAGACCAUGCAAAAUGAAACAGGACUUGGGACCUGUGAGAGAACCGCAGUACCGCAGGAGUGAGAGGAAAGCCCAGGGCUGUGAUACUAGGGCAAACCACGCAAUAGUAUGGCUAGUGUUUGGUGUAUACUCGCUUUUGGUCCUCCGCAUACGGCUCACCACGAAACGCUCCUAUCAGAAUUGCUUGACCCUAUCAUUACGCCGGACAUCGACCACCACGCUACCGGAACACGAGCAAGAGAUGGAGAACAUGCAACAGAUUGCCAGCACAAGCAAGAGAUGGAGAGCCUGCAGCACAUCGUGAACACAAGCAAGAGAUGCCGAUUUUGAACGUUGCUAGCAAGCUCGAGAGUUGGCACGCGUGGCAGCCGCAAGCAGGGAAUGGAGCGUUUUGAACACAUGGCGGAAACCAUCGAAGAUAGUUGAUCAACCUGUGAUGCCUGUGGCAGGGUGGUUCCUGCAGCUACGACGUGUCUACCUGCCAGCGAAAUCGGCAAUGGGAUUCAGGAUGGGGGCACAGCGUGCGAGUGUGGCUCUGAUCGAAGAUUCAUGAGAUGGAGAUCACAGAUCCUGCGCAGACCGAAAUUCGGCACACGCGGAAUGGAACGGCAAUGUGGUGUAUCUGAGACAAUUAAGCCGACAAGGGAUGGAGGUUUUGCAAGGGGAACGGAUGUCAGGACGGAACUACAAAUUGAUACUUGCUGCAGAACCUCGAUAGCAUUUGAUUUGCUACGCAUUUCCGCAAGCAGCUGCAGGCUGGAUCAACGAACUCAAAUAAUCAAGUCGGUCUCUUCCAUCCCAAUGGGUCGUCU